AUUGAAUAUUUUACCAAUUGACAACAUCAUCGCCUGGUUUGAGUCGGAGAUUGCGAGAAAAAAAGAGGGAGACUGACAGGUUAUCCGCUCUCCUCCCCACCCCAAAACACACUCUCUCUCUCUCUCUCUCACACACACAGUACUGGGCAUCAACAAAUGUCGAGUACUCUGAAAUUUCAGGUCUGGAAGUCAGUGGUGAAAUCGAAUUGCGGCCGGAGUUUCGUCGGAAACUUCGCCGCUAGUCAGACUUUCAAUCUCCGGAUGCCUCAUCGCACUUUCGCGUCUCUGUCUUCUCAAUCUGACAAUGCUUCACCUGAGCCGUCGAUUUCUUCUCGCUUCACUGCCACCGUUGGAUCUUCGCCCUCUUCUUCGCUUCAGCUCUCGCAGUGGAACCUCACUCAACGUCACAUCCUAGUGCUCAAUUUUAUCGCUUGUGCGGUGGCGGUUUCUGCAACUUGGCUCUUCUGCUCAGCAAUCCCUACUCUUCUGGCUUUUAGGAGAGCAGCUGAGUCAUUGGAGAAGCUUCUUGAUGUCACAAGGGAAGAGCUCCCUGAUACAAUGGCUGCUGUUCGGUUAUCUGGAAUGGAGAUCAGCGACCUGACAAUGGAGCUCAGUGACCUGGGACAGGAGAUAACCCAAGGUGUUAGAAGCUCCACUCGAGCUGUCCGCUUGGCAGAGGAAAGGUUUUGCCGGUUGAUGAACAUGUCUCCAUCAGCAUCGAUGCAGGAGGUAGCCCCAAUGGAAACCCAGACAGCAGGACCACUGUUAGCUAGAACUGCAAGGGGCAUUCGGGAAGGGGUUGUUAAAGGACGUGCAAUCUUACAAAUAUUCUUCACACUCACCAAAUUUUCUAGGAUGGCACUCAAUUACUUCACUUCCCGAGCUAAGUUGUAGCUUUAAGAGCACAAGUGACAUGGUGAGAGCAAUCUAGACAGCUUUUGUAAUAUUGGUGCCACCCAGAUAAGAUUAUUUUGGAGUUUUAAUCUUUAGGUGGUGGGAAAUGAGAUUAAGGACCUAAAAUGCUGUGUCAAGGGAACUACACAAGAAAAUUGUCUUCCUCAUUUUCGUCAAGUAUUUGUGGGCGUUGUUUUCUUUUCAUUUCUUUAUUUCAUCUGUUCUGUGUUUAGUUGUCUUACAGUCACUACUUUAUUAUCUUAAGGUUUGUCACUUGCCAAAUUUGGGACUGCCUAACGCCUACUGGAUUUUUUC